UAUAGCAUAUCAAACAAAAAUAAAAUAAAAAAAGCAAAAAUAGAGAGAGAAAAAAUUAGGGUUUAUUUGGGGGUUGAAGAAAUUGGAUCUAAAUUGUAUAGAUCUGAUAAAUUGGGUGAAUUUUGAAUUGUGGGGUGGUGAAUUCUUGGUUUUUUUUUGGUUCUUGAUAAUGGUGGAGGAGGGGAAUAAGUGUUUAAUUUCUAUGAAUAAUUUGGAUUCUGAAGAGAAUGGUGUUGCUGUUGAUUCUGUUGAUGUUCGAUUUACGGAUUUCUGCAAGAAUGGCCAAGGAUUGUCCGCGGGUGAGAGCUUUAUGCUAGAAGCAAUAAAGCUGUUCAAGGACAGUAAGCAUCUUUUACUGUUAAAUAAUGCUGCUAUUGGAGCUAUAACGCAGGAGGAAGUUGAACGGUAUUGGUUUGUCUUUGUUCUGUUCUCGGUGAAGAGAUUAAGUGAGAAAGAAGCAGAAAAUUCGAGUAAUGGGAAUGAAGGAAAUGGAUUUGAUUUAUGCCAAAUUCUGCGAGGGGCGAAACUCAAUGUCGUAGACUUCUUCAAGGAGCUUCCGCAUUUUAUUGUUAAAGUUGGUCCAAUAUUAAGCAACCUAUAUGGUUCAGAUUGGGAGAAGAGACUUCAGGCGAAGGAACUGCAGACCAACUUUGUGCAUUUGAGCCUUUUAAGCAAGUACUACAAGCGUGCAUACCAGGAACUGUUUUUGUCAAGCAGUAGCAAUGAAGACAAGCAUGCUGCUACUUUUAAUUCAACUAUCCUCUUGCCACAAUAUUAUCGUUUUGGCUGGUUGCUUUUUCUUUCACUUCGCGAACAUGUAUUUAGCCGCUUCAAGGACCUCGUGACAUGCACAAAUGGUUUAGUUUCUGUGCUGGCAAUCUUAAUAAUACAUGUACCUGUCCGCUUCAGAAAUUUCAACAUCAAUGACUCCCCGCGAUUUGUUAAGAAAGGAGACAAAGUGGACUUGCUUGUUUCAUUAAGCAGCAUUUAUCAGACCUCAGUAGAUGACUUAAGGGAGACCAUGGACAAAGUUUAUAAUCUAAUAACAGGAAAGUUGAAGAAGAAACCUUGUAUGGCUUCAGAAUUCAGGGCAGAGAACCUGGACAACAUCGACACAGACGGUUUGACCUAUUUUGAGGAUUUACUGGAAGAGUCAUCUUUAUCGUCAAGUAUAAGUAUACUGGAAAAGGAUUACAAUGAUGUAAUUCAGAACAAGGGUGAACUGGAUGAGAGGAUUUUUGUUAAUGAGGAGGAUAGCUUGCUGGGGUCAGGAAGCUUGUCCGGAGGUUCAGUCAAUAUGAAUGGAGUCAAGAAGAAAUUUGAUGCUUUGGCUUCCCCAUCAAAGACGAUUACAAGCCCACUCUCUCCUUACCGUUCUCCUGGUGCAUCCAAUUUUAGUAGCAAUCCAAACUGUGGUAACUCAAGGAUGGCAGCUACACCUGUAAGCACAGCGAUGACAACUGCCAGGUGGUUGCGUACUGUCAUAGCUCCACUACAGCCAAAACCUUCAGCAGAGCUGGAGAGAUUCUUGUCCUCCUGUGAUAGAAAUAUAUCAGCUGAUGUGAUCCGGAGGGCUCAUAUUAUUCUGGAGGCUAUAUUUCCAAGUAGUGGUCCUGGGGAGCAUUAUGCAGCUGGGAGCCUACAAAGCACGAGCUUAAUGGACAACAUAUGGGCAGAGCAACGUAGAUCUGAGGCUUUGAAGUUGUAUUAUAGGGUUCUGCAGACUAUGUGCAUUGCAGAAUCUCAGAUAUUGCAUGUGACCAAUUUAACUUCAUUGCUAACCAAUGAGAGGUUUCAUAGAUGUAUGCUCGCCUGCUCAGCUGAACUAGUUCUCGCCACUCACAAGACAGUUACUAUGUUGUUUCCAGCUGUUUUGGAGAGAACAGGAAUCACAUCUUUUGAUCUCAGUAAGGUGAUAGAGAGCUUCAUUAGGCAUGAAGAAACUCUUCCUCGAGAACUGAGACGCCAUUUGAAUUCACUUGAAGAACGGCUCUUGGAGAGCAUGGUUUGGGAAAAGGGCUCUUCAAUGUACAACUCUUUGACUGUUGCAAAACCAUCACUUUCUGCAGAAAUUAAUCGCCAGGGCUUGUUGGCUGAACCAAUGCCAUCUUUGGAUGCAAUUGCAAUGCACAUUAACCCUUCUUCAGGAAGUUUACCGCCACUGCCAUCUCUACAGAAGAGCGACUUGGCCCCUAAUGGUCAACUCGGUGAUAUCCGGUCACCGAAGAGAUUGUGUACUGAAUAUCGCAGUGUGUUGGUUGAUCGAAAUUCCUUCACGUCACCUGUGAAGGAUCGCUUUUUGGCUCUCAACAAUAUUAAGUCAAAAUUUCCUCCUGCUUUGCAGUCAGCAUUCGCAAGCCCAACUAGACCAAGCCCUGGCGGUGGAGGGGAAACAUGUGCGGAGACAUCAAUCAGUGUAUUCUUUGGCAAGAUUGCAAAGUUGGCUGCUGUCAGAAUCAAUGGCAUGAUUGAACGGCUGCAACUUUCUCAGCAAGUAAGGGAGACUGUAUAUGGCCUUUUUCAGAAGAUUCUCAAACAGAGGACAAGUCUUUUCUUCAACCGACAUAUUGACCAGAUCAUCCUAUGCUCUUUCUAUGGAGUUGCCAAGAUUUCACAACUCAACUUGACCUUCAAAGAAAUUAUAUACAACUACCGAAAGCAACCUCAGUGCAAGCCACAAGUUUUCCGAAGUGUUUUUAUUGACUGGGCAUCAACACGCCACAAUGGGAGGACAGGUUCAGAUCACGUUGAUAUCAUCACAUUCUACAAUGAAAUGUUUAUUCCCUCCGUUAAGCCAUUAUUAGUCGAGCUUGCACCUGCUGGAAAUGAGCAAAAGAAUAACCAUGUUGAAAAAACCAAGAACGAGGGUCAAGGUCCGGCAUCCCCCAAACCUUCUCCAUUUCCCAAUCUCCCUGACAUGUCUCCGAAGAAAGUAUCUGCUGCGCAUAAUGUUUAUGUCUCUCCGCUGCGCUCAUCUAAGAUGGAUGCCUUGAUCUCCCAUAGCUCUAAAAGUUAUUAUGCAUGUGUGGGUGAAAGCACUCAUGCUUAUCAGAGCCCUUCAAAAGAUCUGACUGUAAUCAAUAACCGCUUGAACGGCAAUCGGAGGCUAAGAGGCGCUCUCAAUUUUGAUGACGUUGAUGCUGCUGGCUUGGUUAGCGACUCUAUAGUUGCCAACAGCCUUUACCUUCAAAACGGUGGGAAAUGCAUAUCAUCACCGCGUGCAGCUGUGAAGACUGAGCAUCCCGAGACCUAAUGCCUUGCACAAACUUGCAUGUAAAUAAAAUAGCUUUCGGUUUCUGACAUUUCUUUUCCUAGUUGUAAGGUAGAGAGAUGUAUAGGGGUGUUAGAAUGAGCGGUAAAGUUGAUGUAAAAUGCCCGCCACCAGCCCGAUGCUUCCUUCCUUUUUUUUUUUAAUUUUUUUUCGUGUUGAUUUCUUAUGAUGGGAAUAUAUAUAGAUAGCCUUGUUCCUUAAUAAGAGUACUGGUUUAGCAUCCAA